AUGGUGCAGAUCCCUCAAGGCAGUACUUGGCCCAACGAUGUGGUGCAGAUCCCUCAAGGCAGUACUUGGCCCAACGAUGUGGUGCAGAUCCCUCAAGGCAGUAUACUUGCCCCAACGAUAUGGUGCAGAUCCCUCAAGGCAGUAUACUUGGCCCAACGAUAUGGUGCAGAUCCCUCAAGGCAGUAUACUUGGCCCAACGAUGUGGUGCAGAUCCCUCAAGGCAGUAUACUUGGCCCAACGAUAUGGUGCAGAUCCCUCAAGGCAGUAUACUUGGCCCAACGAUGUGGUGCAGAUCCCACAAGGCAGUAUACUUGGCCCAACGAUAUGGUGCAGAUCCCACAAGGCAGUAUACUUCGCCCAACGAUAUGGUGCAGAUCCCACAAGGCAGUAUACUUGGCCCAACGAUAUGGUGCAGAUCCCACAAGGCAGUAUACUUGGCCCAAAGAUAUGGUGCAGAUCCCACAAGGCAGUAUACUUGGCCCAACGAUAUGGUGCAGAUCCCACAAGACAGUAUACUUCGCACAACGAUAUGGUGCAGAUCCCACAAGGCAGUAUACUUGGCCCAACGAUAUGGUGCAGAUCCCACAAGGCAGUAUACUUGGCCCAAAGAUAUGGUGCAGAUCCCUCAAGGCAGUACUUGGCCCAACGAUGUGGUGCAGAUCCCUCAAGGCAGUAUACUUGCCCCAACGAUAUGGUGCAGAUCCCUCAAGGCAGUAUACUUGGCCCAACGAUGUGGUGCAGAUCCCUCAAGGCAGUAUACUUGGCCCAAAGAUAUGGUGCAGAUCCCACAAGGCAGUAUACUUCGCCCAACGAUAUGGUGCAGAUCCCACAAGGCAGUAUACUUGGCCCAACGAUAUGGUGCAGAUCCCACAAGGCAGUAUACUUGGCCCAAAGAUAUGGUGCAGAUCCCACAAGGCAUUAUACUUGGCCCAACGAUGUGGUGCAGAUCCCUCAAGGCAGUAUACUUGGCCCAACGAUAUGGUGCAGAUCCCACAAGGCAUUAUACUUGGCCCAACGAUAUGGUGCAGAUCCCACAAGGCAGUAUACUUGGCCCAACGCUGA